AAUAUAUAUUAAAUAUUUUAUUUUUUGUUAUUUAUAGAUAUGAAAAAUAUUUCAAUCGCCAAAUUACAAGAUCUUCACUGGAGUCUUUGUAAUAGUAUAAAAAUAGUCAAUGAUAAAUUUGGAUGGCAAUUAUUUCUGCAGCUGUUUUGCAAUUGCGUGCAACUAAUUGUGACCCCGUAUUUUAUAAUCAUAAAUUUAUUUUACCCGGUGAUUUAUGGUUCUACAGAUAUUAAAUUCAUUCUGAUCCAAGUUCUCUGGGUGCUGACCCACUUGAGUCAUUUAUUAUUAAUCGUAUUACCCACUUCGUACGCUACUACAAAAGUUAAUAAUAAAUACCUACUUAAUUGAUUGUAAUUUAUAGUGUGUUAUGUAUUACACAGGGUGAAAAAACUGCUGUGAUCAUAUGUAAAUAUCUAACUAUUGAUAUAGAACCAGGUGAUAUGAAACAGUUGGAGAUAUUCGUUCUUCAAUUGCAAAAGUAUGCAAUCGAUUUUUCAGCUUGCGGAAUUGUAAAUUUACAUCGAUCCACCAUUACAACGAUUAUCGGAACCGCGCUUACGUAUUUGGUGAUCUUAAUUCAAUUCCAAAACUCCGACUAGAAAAAUCAAUAGCAAUAUAAUAUUAUACGACGACACGAAUGCACGAUGUCAAUUGUCAAUUCACCACGAUCGGAUUUACACAUAAGCAUAUUAUUAUAACCAUGAUAUAAGCUAUAUAGCCAUAUAGGUACCUAUAUAACUGUAUAUUGUAUAAGUGUAGUGUAUACCUAAGUGUAAUAUAAAAUUGCGUAAGUAUAAGUAUAAAUUGUGUUUGCUGUAUAGAUUACAUGGUGUCGCGUUCAUAUACCAUAUUAUAAUAUAUACCUAUAAAAACAAUUCAUACUAAUGUACUAAUAUGUAUAGUAACGUUACACUAUUAUCGUGUCACUCGUAUACUUAUAAUAAAUUAUUAUGUUUCCCGUUUAUGUUUCACGCAUAUUUUAUUGUAGUCGAUUGACAAUAAAAUAAAUCAUCGUAAUACGAGCCAGUAAUAGAUAUGUCUGACAGUACCCAUAUAUACAUCAUAUGUAGGUAGCCUAGUAUGGAAAUCGUGUAAUAUACCUUUGUUUUAUAGAAAUACAAUAAUAACGAUGCCAAAAUUUAUAAUACCUAACUUUAUAUAACUAACAUUGACUAAUAGACUACCAAUGAGUAACUUCCGUAUAUCAUUUAAGUAAAAUACGUUCCAUUUUUUUUCUUUGUGCUAUACAAGUAAUUUGAGGCCUUUCGCACGCUUCCACCAAGUUUCUCAAUCUAUGUCGGCUAUUGCAUUAUCCGUAUCCAUUGACAUAUUUUUGAGCCAUCUUUCCUCACCCUAUCUAACUACCGCUGGUGAGGUCUUCCGCUUGGCAGGUUUUUAGUUGAGUUUCUGGUUAGGACCAUUUCGUAUUUAAGACUUCUACCAUGUUCCUACCUAAUACCUAUAUAUAUAGUUAAAAUAUUUACUCAAAUCUAAUAAAACGUUAGAUGUUCCACGCGUCCAAAGCGCUGAUCGCCCUGUGGCGGUUGACCGGGUUAGGGACGUUCUCGUUGACCGGUUGUCCGCCGCCGCCGUCGUCCCGUCUAUCGGUCGUGUACGCAGUGACCGUUUAUUCGGCGUACGCGUACCUGUGCUCGGUACUGACGUCCGAACGGCUGAGCGCGUACAAGCGGCACGAGAGCGGCACGUUUCAGAUCCACGUGAUCCGGGACACGAACAUGGGUCUGCUGUUCGUCGCAUCCACGGCGGUUUACUGGAGCGCGGCCGCGUACCGCCGACAACACGUCCGCGUGUACGCAGAACAUGCGGCCGUGGUGCACCAGCUGUUCGGCUCCGCGGUUCCGGCCGGCCGCCGUGUCGUGGACGCGUGCUAUUGGGUGCUGUACGCGCUGCUGGCCGCCGCCCUGUCGCUGGACGUGCGCCGGUACACGGGCCCUAGGCCCUGGACGUUCGGGGCCGUCUACGUUUGGGGCCAUUACGCUCUGCUCACCGGCAACAUGCAGUUCGCCAUCACCGUUUUCGGACUGUGGCAGUGUUACCGCGAGCUCAACUGUCGGAUGCGGGCCGGAAGCGCGGGCCGUCGCCGCGAUUUCGGCUUGCACGAGUAUGGAACCGCUGACACCACCAAAAUCCCGUCUUCGGACGUCCCGCCGCAGAACAUGAUGUUCAUCAGCGUAUUGGAAAAAGUAAACUUGCUUGCAAUGCUGAAAUAUUGGUCGGAUGUGCAUUGGUCAAUCACACAAAUUGUAUCCAGGGUCAACAACUUAUUUAAAUUCCGAUUAUUCGUUUUCUUCGUUUGUGGAUUACUACAUUUGAUGUUAACACCAUAUAUGUUAUCAUUGACUAUACUCAACGAGGAUAUUGAUAUAUUGCGUUACAUAUUAGAAUGCACUUUAUGGUUCAUUAUUCAUAUUCUUCGAGUGGUUUUGAUGAUCUACCCGUGUGCUCUACUAGGAGAAGAGGCUGCUAAAACACAAAUAUUGCUUGGAAGCUAUCUCGAUACUAAAAUCGAUUUAUUUGAUAUAAAAAAGAUAGAAACUUACGCUCAACAGUUAGCCGCCAACACACCAGAAUUCAGUAUUUACAGUAUGUUUAUUAUAGAUAAACAAUUAGUUAUUACAUUAACAGGAGCAGUUACAACAUAUUUGGUAAUAAUUCUACAACUACAAGGUCAAUCAUAAUGGGAUCUUUAGAAUUCCAAUAAAAAUAUGUACCUACCUACCUUUAUAUUUAUGACGUACCUAUUCUGCAUAUUGUAUAUUAUUGUACUUGCCAUGUAC